UCACAAGUCACUUGUCGUCGGACUGUUCCCGGGAGCGGUCGCGUUUAUUUCCCAAGCUCGGAUCGGAUCUAGUGAUCGGUGCGCGGUCAUUCAAGUGUUGUGAUCUGCUGCUCCGCGAGGGGAAACUUCGGUUGAGCAGAACAAACAUUGGCUACAGAGUGCUGGACCAUUAUCUGCCACUUAAAAAAAGUGUAUUUUAAUCUUAGUCGCCUAUUUUGGCACCACACUUUAUACUGAAGUUCAAAGCCUGGCGUUCAAGUGUUCGAGGCAGUUCAAGUGUUACAUAUGAAUGAAGGAAGUGCAUUGAUACUUAUUUAAAAUUCAGUAUUCGGAAGAUAGUUCCAUCGCGAGAGCGAAAACAGUCGUCAUGGUAGUGACAAAGUUAGAAGAAUGCUAAGUAACAUGCGUGUUAUAUAAGUUUAUAUAAGCAAACGAAGUUGCAUCAAGUGCUGGCAGGAAAAAACUGUUAUACCAAAAGGAAACUACUGUUCAAACACUCUUCCAUUGCCGUUCCGUUCGAUAGCAGACGGUGAAAAUGAAGCCCUUCGAAUGGGCACUAUUCAUUACGCUAUGUUUAACGGUCGAAGGAGUGGAAUUCAAAAACAUUGAACAGGUGUCCGGAAUCUCAGGCGUAAGGUCGUCUUUUGACGCCACGAGAAAUAGUCCUCUGAGUAGAGUUAAACGAAACAAUGGUUUGAGGGGAUCUUUUAGGGGUCAAACACAAUCGCAGUACUUACAUUUUGGAGAUAGUCAAGACGGUAAGGCGGAGGCCGAAGCGACACAGCAUGGAUCCCGAGCGGUAGUAGUUGGUUCUAACGGUAUGGGUCAAGCCCAAAGUCAGUCGAUGGGAGGCGAUUGUAGUUCCUGCUUAGGAACCGGUGUAGAUGGAGGUAGCUAUGUGUAUGAUUCACGACCAGAUCCUCUAAAAGCUUAUGAUGGCACCGGAGACACGGGGUUCAGACCCGGCGGAGAUAGUUUCGGAACUUUUGGACAACCAGGUAUUUUACGCCCUGCUGGUGGCCUUAGGCCUGGUGAUGCAUCCGGGUCAGGAGUAGGAACGGAUGCAUUUGGUAGGCCAGGAACGGGUAUAGUGGGUCGUCCAGUUGAUCUUGGUGGAACAGCUGGCGGAGACAGUUAUGGAAGACCAGCACCUGGUGGACGACCAGGAGAAGAUUAUAAUGGAAGACCUGGAACAGGAAGACCUGGUUCAGGUGGCGGAGAAAGGCCGGGUGGCCCUGUUGAUUCAUUUGGAAGACCGAUAGGUACGGAUGGCCGACUGGUUGAUUAUACAUCAGGUGCCGAUUCAUUUGGAAGACCUAUUGGCCCAGGUGGUCGACCUAUAGAUAGAACAACUGACUCGUAUGGUAGACCUACCAACGGUCAACCUGGCGCGGGUGAUCAAACUGGAAGACAAGAUUUUGGCCCUAGUCAUUCACGUGAUGGUGACUCAAUUGGAAGACCAACUGGAUCUGACGGACAUCCUGGUUACGAUGGUCGUUAUGGCUCUGGAUCACCAGGACAAGAUGGCAGAUACACACCUGGUCCCUCGGGGCUAGGUGGAGGACCUGGCUCAGUAGGCAGUCAAGGCGGAGGGCCUGGUCCGAUAGGCAGUCAUGGUGGAGCAGGAACUACUGGCUUACCAACUGGUGCUCCAGGGUUUACUACAGGAACAGGAACAGCUGGUGGCCCAGGUGUUAUUGGAACACCUGGAGUUGGCUUGCCUGGAACGACAGUAAGUCAAACACCGGGAGCUAGCCCUGGUUUUCCAGGAGGUCGACCUAUCGGAGGACCUGGAACAAUCGGAGUAUCUGGAGGUUCUGGUGGACCUAGCUCGCCAGGUACUCCAGGAUACAUAGGUAGUCCAGGUUCUACAGUCCCGGCAAGAAACGGUCAAUCAAGAGGUCCAGAUGCUCUCGGUGGACACAUAAUCAAUGGAAAACCUGGGGGUCAACCAGGAAUAACUGCUGUACCUGGAAGCACGAGCCCUGGAUAUUCUGGAACGGGGCAAGUAACUGGUGGACCACAAUCUCAUAUUGUAGGACCACCUUUACAAGACAUUAGCUCUAGAAGGGAUCAGCCAUCUACCUAUCAUAGUGGUGCUCAUUCUGUUACUUUACCUGGACACGAUCAUACUGUUGUCAACCCAACUGGAGGACUUACAGUGCUAGUAGGUACUGGAAGUCCGAAACAAACUAUUAUCGGAUCGGAUAGUCGUUUGGAUGGACAAGGACCAGUAAAAAUAAUUCCUGGACCACCAGACAGUUUUGGACCACCUAAACAAACGGUGUAUGCCCACCCGGGUGGUGUUACAGUAUUAGUGGGCACGGGAGGACCGCAUCAAACCGUGCAUCAUUUACCUGCUCCUGGCACUGGCUACCUCCCUGGAUCAGCUGGAGGUCCGCAACAAAUCCACACAGCAGGAUCUCACUCCGGAACAGGACAACAACAAUACCCUGUUCCUGGACAAAUACCAGCAGCAAUAUCUCCAACAGGACAGCAACCAACUGGACCAAGUAGUGCAGGUCAAUGGACUGGUGGACCUGGAUCAGCAUGGUAUCCAGCGGGUUAUCCUGGAAUAAUUAGUGGACAAUAUCCAGUUGGUGGUGGACCCAUUCAAUAUCCUGGAGUACAAGGCACUACGAAUGGGAUAGGGCAAUAUCCCGGAAAGUAUCCAGCAACCGUUUCCGGUGACACAGUACCUACCGGAGUUAGUGGACCAAGCAUAUACCCAGGACAACCAGGAAGAUAUCCAACAACAUCAUUUCCGGGAGUAUCUGGAGGGCAGUAUCCGCAUACCGAUUUAACUGGCAAGGUACCUGGAUAUUAUCCGACUGGAACGGGCUCUAGUCAAUAUCCUGGAUCUGCAGCACCAUCUCAAUAUCAACCUGGAGUUGGACCACAUCCGGGAAGUUUAACAGCUGGAACUGGUGUACAACAAACAGGAGUAGGGAUAGCACCUAUUGAAGCAGGAAAGUAUCCCGUCGGAACAACACAUGGCCAACAUGUAGGCGGAACAGGUACAGGAACUACCAGUGGACAAUAUCCAGUAGAUGUGGGAACACAACAUCCCGCACGCUUAGGCCCUGGUUACCAUUCAGGAGGUGUCGGUACUGGCCAACGUCCGGCUGGAGGAAGUGCACAGUAUCCAGGAGAUACCAGUCAAUAUCCGGGAAGUGGCCCAACCGGACAACAACAUCAAGUUACUGGAGGUGGUAUCGGUCAGUAUCCAGGAGGCGUUGGAUCAAUCCAAUAUCCAGUAGGCAGAGGUGACCAAUAUCCGGGUCAAUAUCCAGGAGGAGUCGCCACCGGACAGGUUCCGGCUGGUGGAACUGGUGUAAGUCAAUAUCCAGGAGGUGCCGGUGUCGGUCAAUAUCCAGUGUCAGGUACCGGUGUCGGUCAAUAUCCAGGAGGAGUCGCCACUGGACAGCUUCCAGCUAGUGGAACUGGUGUAAGUCAAUAUCCAGGAGGUGCCGGUGUCGGUCAACAUCCAGGCAGUGGUGGACCAGUUGGUGUUAGUCAAUAUCCAGGCAUUAGUGGAACUGGCCAACAUCCAGGUGGUGGGGGAACACAAUAUCCAGGUGGUGCACAAUAUACGAGUGGAGCACAAUAUCCUGGUGGUGCACAAUAUCCAAGUGGUCCGCAAUAUCCAAGUGGUGCACAGUAUCCAGGAGGAGUUGGUGCUGGUCAACAACCCGGAGGUACCGUUAGUGGAGCACAAUAUCCAGAUGCUACAGGAGUCAGUCAAUAUCCAGGCAGGGCUGGGGCUGAUCAACAUCCUGUUGGUGGGGGAACACAAUAUCCAGUAGGCGCACAGUAUCCAAGUGGUGGCCAAUAUCCCGGUAGUAGUGGAGCUGUCCAAUAUCCAGCUAGUACAGGUGCGGGACAAUACCCAGUUGCUUCGGGAGCUGGACAUUAUCCGGGAGUAGGUGAUAGCGGACGGUAUCCAACAGCUUCAACAGGUGCUGGACAAUAUCCUGAAGGAGUAGGUGCCGGGCAAUACCCCGGUGGAGCAAGCCUACAUCCAAGUACUGGUGGAGGAAUAGGUGUGGGUCAGUAUCCUGGAACGGGAACGGGCGUGGGGCAUGUUACGGGAGGAUAUCCAUCUGGACAGUCUCCUGCUUCGAUCGAUCAGUAUCCAAGCACAUUAGCUCAAGGUGGAUCAGGAACAGGAACUGGAUCAACUGGUGUUGGAGAACCAGCAAGCAUUCAAGUAGCUGAUGAUGAUGAUGAUUCAUUCUCACAGGCCGAAUCAUCAGUAAAAAAUGGUGAAGUUAUCGCUAGUGCACAGGGACGUAAGAACGGCGGUACAGCACAGACUCAAGUAUCUGGUACGUAUGAUGGAACUGGUUCCUUCAGUGCCAGUGCUCAAACCAGCGAUUCCGACCGAGCCGCUCAGGCUCAAGUAUCCGGAGGAAAGGAAGGUGCAUUAAGUUCUGCCCAGGGAACCGGCGGGGUCGGUAAAUCGCAGUCUCAAGUGCAGGUUAAUUCAAAAACCGGUGGAACCUCGGCAACUUCCCAGAGUGGAGGAUUAGGGCAUGAAAGUCAGUCGGAGGUUGUGGCUAAUGAGAAAGGUGGUCUAGCGGAUGCCCAGUCUAGUGGUCCUGGUCAGACCUCCUCUCAGGCACAGAUCGGUUUUCGGCCACAGGCGGAAGAAAACAGUCAACAGAAUAUUUUCAAUGGGGGAGGUCAAGCAUCCGCUCAAUCUGGAGCCCAUUCGGGGCAAAGUCAGUCUCAGAUUAGCGGAAACUUCAAGUUUGGAAUUUCCUAUCACGGAGCUGCCCAGGCUGCCUCUGGAACAAAGGAACAGGUAUCGCGAUAUCGGGAAAAGGGCAAACAGCUAUUCCAUUCGAUUGGAUUGUUCGGCAAAACCAAUAACGGUGUUGCAGUUCGACGUGAGUCAGACGUUGUGGAUCCGAACGGAUUAAGGUUGCGAACUUCCCAGCAAAGUCAAGUUACCGACUUCCAUAAUAUACUUCCGAAACCAGAAGAAGAAGUCGAGUAUGAAGAAGAAGACGAAGAAUAUGAAGAAGAGGACUAUGAAACUACAGACCGUGGCCCGAUAGGAGUCGAAGCUAAAUCCCGACGAACUUCCAAUGACGACGAAGAAAAGAAAACCACUAUCGUAGAGCUACCUCCCCCUACCGUCCCGUCUUCGUCAGUGACUACAACCGUCCGUCCGAAUCGGAACUACAAUGUAAACAAUGGAAAUGGAAAAACAUUUUCACAAAAUACGUCUAGCCAGAAGCAAGUAACUUCCAUAUCAGAUUUGGAAAAGUACCGACUCGUGCAAACACAAAACGGAAAAACUACUGUCCACGAGACAUCGAGUGAAAAAGUCCCCGAAGGUUUCACUGGCAUCAGCGGUGGACAGAGUUCUACCGGUGCUGAUCCAACGACAACAACUGUUCAGGUUACAAGCUCUACUCCUAAAUACCAUACCCGUUACCUUCCAUCGAAGCACUUGGACUCGACAGGAAAUCGUAUUGCGACGGAGAACAAACAACAGAAUCCAGACAGCUACAUAUCGGUGACCAAACAAGUCACCGGAAUCGAUGAGAACAGCAAGGUACCGGCGAUCCCCGGUAAAAACUACGAAUCAACGUACUACACUAAGUCGUCUACGUGCGGCUAUUUUACGUUCUCCUGUAACAUUGUCUACGGAGCGACUGGCCGAAGUAAAAUCUGCCGACCGAAACCUCCGACCAAUGGGAAGUGUUAGAAUAGUAGAGUGUGAAAGAUAAGAUCGUUCUAGUGCCUAAGCAAACCAAACAACUCACAUAACUGCCAUUUCAGUAGAUAUUCUUAAAGUACACUAACAUAAGCUGGAAAUCUUAUUUCUAACAACUGCCAACAUAAACGCCAAAAUGUGCCCAUCUGUGCACGUCAGUUAGGCUGUAGUCAACGAUUUGUUUGUAAUGUUUCUGUACCAAACCUAGUGAUCCAAAGAUAGUGAAAUAAAACAAUUUUCAACUUAAAAGAA